AUGUCUUCCCACCCUUUCCCUCACGCUAUUACACUUUUCCAAUCGUCUUCUCAAGAAUUUGAUGGAUCUCAACAAUCUCGACCAGACUCUCCACCUCUAACCCUACCAUCUCCAAACUCAAACCACGCAAUGGAAAACCCAAUACAACAUUACUAUUCCUCUCUUCUAUAUUCUCCUCAACUGGGUUCUUCGCCUCAAUCAGUUGUGUACGCCCCGCUCCCAUCACAACUACAAGUGCAAUCACAGGAGACGCAGACACAAGCACAACAAUAUCUCGCUCCACCCACAACAUCUUCCUACUCACGCCAAAAUCAACAAGCACAACGAAAUACCACUUCACACACUCAACCGCACUCUCAACCAGAAUCCCAUCAUCACCUUCGGUCACAAUCCAUCCCGUCCACUCUGCAAACCGAACAUCAACAGAUAUUGAAUGCACCACAUGCUCCAGAAUUGAAUUACAAUACCAUUGCAUCCUCCAAUCAAUAUUCGGUUUCGAAACCAUUUCCUGAUUCCGCAACUCGUCCCUUUCCUUUUCUCUUCCCGGGAUUACCCACACUCCACUCUUCCUCGCCAUAUACAUCUACAUCCACAUCCGCUUCUUUUUCCACGCCCCCCUCCUCCUGUUCCGGCUCGCAUUCCGAUUCCGAUUCCGAUCUAGAAACCGGCAUCGAAGACAAUAUGAUAAACGGAUUACCCAGGAACCACGCCCAAGAACUCGCAGUGCAGAGGGCGCAUCACAUGUGCGCUUGGUUUACGGGGGUUAUGCUUGGGAUCUUGGGGGUCGUGGGGGUCGUACGGUGGGUGGUUUAUGGUUGA